GUGACCUGUAGGUCAGAGGUGAGAGUUGAACCCGGAACUCUUGGUCAAGUUUUUCACCGAACCAAAUUUUACCGAAAUUCUGAUCUGAUUUUUCACGACUAGACUUGUAGAUAAAGCUAAAACAGUAGGAUAGAGAAGAGGAGGAGCUCAGGAUGACUGAGGAUGUAGAGAACGAUCACCUGUACGCCUUGUACACCUGCCACGUCAACAGAAGACAUUCCCAGGAGCAGUCCUCUAAUGAGGCUUCCUCCUCCGCUGACCCUGCCGACCCUCCAGAGCCUGACCCUAACGGGGACAACUUCAGCCUGUCUGUGGUGGCCACCAACAUGAAGGCAGAGAAUGAGGUGGAGCUGCGGGCCAGCAUGGUGAAACGGCUGAGCCGGGGCCUACUGCACGCCAGCAGUGGCAGUGUGACUAACCUGGACAUCGGGCUGGGGGAGGGCGGGUCAGCCUGCUACUACAGACUCCUACAACAACAGGGGGAGGAGGUACAGGAGAUAUCAGAGCUGAGUACAUCCCCCACCCUGUCCAGCGUGUGUAUGGACCGGUACAUCGUCUGUCUGGUGGACCCCAUCUCAUCUCCCCUCGACCUCUUUAGAACAGAGCUGGACAAGUUCAGCUUCAGCCUCCUGAGCCUGCUGGAUGCCUGGAUGUCACAGCUGGAGGAGCUGCGGGUGCAGCUGGCCAGGUGGUUUGACCAGGUGACCGGCUAUACCACCAGGUGCCCCGCCAGGUUCCAGGAGGAUGUCUGUAUCCUGCUGCACGUUGGGCUGACAGGCUGUCAGCUGAUAUUCCAAGGACCAAAUCAAGACGAACAGUUAAAGGAAGACACUGAGAAGUUCAUCAUGGCUUGUAGUCUUAAAAGCCUCCUUAAUACCACGCCCGACAACCAACCUGCCCCGCCUAGCGACCAAACCCUCAUCGAGGUUGAUAACAGUGUUAUCCAUUCCACCGGCCAGAAGCAGAAUGCUGUUGUGUUGUGCUUGGAAGGAGAGGAGCACAAGUUUAGCUGUGAGACUGUCAGCAAGUUCUGUAAGAACUGGGGGGAGAAGGUUCUGAGUGCCGGUAGUGCAUUCCAGGUCAGACAGAUGCUAGACAACUUCAAACUGCAGGUGAUUCAGGACAUGAAUGCUUUCAAACGCCUCAUUCUACAGGCAGAAACGGACCACUACGCGCUUUACCGGUGCUUCGUCUUUACCCAGAACUGUGGACACAACCUGCUACAAUCACCCGCCGUUUUGAACGAUCCCGGUCUUGCUAGUAUGGACUCCCAGGGUGUGCUCAAAGUGUUACAAGAGUACCUGAAGUGAUGGUUCUGAUAUAACUCCCAAAAAGUGUCUUAGUUUGUGGUACAGUGGUGCAUCUAAAUGUCCAAGUGCAAUUAGCAAUGUAUAAGAGGUAUUGGAAUAUUUAAUAUACACAUGUACAAAUUACAUUGUACAUGUAUGGGGAAAUUAUAGAGAAAUGGUGGUAUCUUGUGAUAUGCCUGAAUGUAAGUCAUCAGUGUACUUAGCUGAUGUGGUGAAUUGGGCACUCACAGUAUGUAAAAAGGUUAAUAUUUUCACAGAUACAUACAUGUAUUAUAGAAUUUUUUCAAAAACGAAUACGUACAAAUUUGCACCCAGAAGGUAGAUAAAUACCCAAAGUGGAAUUUUGAAAUAUUGUAGCAAAGAAUGUCUUUCUCAAUACUUUAUGAAUCACAAAGCUUAUUACAAGUACAAGCUCAAAAUUGUUAUUUGAUGUUUUACUUCCAAUCUGUUUCACUGGUGUUCUUCCCCAAUAUGUAUAAUGUACUGUGUUGUAUGU